GUUAUGUGUGGGUUGGGGGUUGCUUUAAGGGUGCAGCCACAGAGGUGCAGUUUGAUGCUGGUGGGGAAGGAGCUGUGAUGUAUCUGUGGGGGGGUUUGGGAUGUCCAGCUGUGGGAUGGAUCCAGCAGGACAGGGAUGGGGGCUCCUGCUGUGGGUUGGGGUCUAUGGGUGGGUUGGGAUCCAUUGCUGAGCCCUUUGUGGUGCUGCAAACAGGAAACGUGUGCACGUACCGGCAGUUGAGUGCAACCCCAAAGCGGAAGGCUGCCUUGAGUAAGAGAGAGAAUGACGGUGUGGGGCCGGGAGGUGCACAGCAGCGAUGCAGGCUGUGUGAGGCUGAUGACCCCCCAGCCCUGGGGAGCCCCACAGUGUAACCAGGCAGCACCACCCCAAAACUGAGAGCACGUGGAGAAGGUAAGGUUUGCUCAAGGGGGGGUUUGGUGUUAGGGAUGCAGGGCUGAUGCCUGGCCCUAUAACCAUCAGUGGUGACCCUCAGGCUGCCCCUCAGCAGGAAGCAUCUCAGACAGCAGCCAGUGUUGAAGUGCCUUUGGUGUUUAUUUUACAGCUUUUUCCGUGUUUGGUGCCUCUGUUUCAUGGCACGCAAUGGGCUCCGCUCGCUCUGUGGGGCAGGGGGAGGCACCGAGGGGACUUCUUGCAUCAUAACCUCUCCCAUAACCCCCCUAAAUGCUGCUGCUUUGGCUCUUAGAGGGGCUGGGACCAUAGAAUGGGGGUAACCCGCAUCCUGACCCCCCCCUCCCCUUCCUUGGGGCUCUGCUGACCUCAUAGGAUGUCCCCUCCCCCCACUGAUGCUGUGGGGUGGUGCUGCAUGGGAGUCGAAGGGGAUGGGGACCAUUUUGGGGCCCAUUCCUUAUUUCCAGUUCACUUUAGGGCUUGGCAUUGCCAGAGGAAGGGUGGGACAAUGUGGGGGGUUCCCCCUCUCUCACUUCUAGUCCCAAUUUGGGCACAUUUCAGAGCCAUGAGGUCGAGGUGGGGGUGUGAAUAGAAACCUCCCCGAGGUCACAGGAGGUGACUCAGGGCUGUGAAAGCUGGAGGAGGGAUGUUCAGAGAUGCUGAGGAGCUCCUGGAGCCUCCAUCACCCCCCACCUCCCUGCACUGUGCCAUCCAAGCAGAGAGAAGUGCCUGUUUUCCUAUUGCCAAACCCACUCAGGUUUCACCCUUCUGGGCUGUUUAAUGGGUUUCUGGUUGCCCUCAGCAGAUCCCCACUGUGAGCCAUGGCUGAGCAGCGUGUGGGCUCCAAAGGGCGGCGGAUGGGAUCCAGCCGGAGACGGCAGCUCCGUAAGGAUGCGGGUGAAGAACCACCCUGGGCAGCAGCUGUGAUGCAGAGAGUCCAGGAUGUCAUCCAGGAGCAGCGUGGGGAUGCACAGGGCUUCGUCACUCGUGGAGAUAUGCAGAAACUGCAGGGGGAGGUUAUUCCAUGCAGCACAGAGGAGCUGGAGCUGCUCUUUGAUGGGAUGGAUGCUGCUGGCACCGGGCAGCUGAGCAUUGAGGAAUUCACCUCUGGGCUCCGGCAGUUCCUGUGUUCCCAAAAAAUCAGUAGGGAUCAUCGCAGAUGGAAAGCAGCAUCACGGAGGAGCUGUUUGGUCCUCGCCAGCCCAACGUGGGAGGAGAUGGACAGCGAGGAGAAGAAACACUUUGCAGCCUUCAUGGAGCAGCUGGGAGUGGAUGACAGAUGGGAAGAGCAGCAGAUCUGGCAGCUCUGGGCCAAGCUGAGGAAGGAUGAGCCCCAACUGAUGGGUAACUUGGAGGCUUUCCUGGCCAAGAUGAGGCACCGCAUCCAAGAAGUCCGGAGCAAGAAGGAGGCCUUGGAGGAGACCCUCAACAAGCGUGUGGCUGAGCACAACCAGGAGGUGCAGCAGCUCUGUGAGGCCCUGGAGCAGCAGAUCCAAGAGGAACGGCAGCGAAUGGAGCAGGAGAGCACGGCCCGGAGCCGCCUGCACUGUGCAGUGCUGCAGCGAGCACUGGAUGCAAGAGAUAAGGACAUGCAGCGCUUGGUUGCAGCACAGCAGGAGCUGGAAGCACAGUGCCGCAGUCUGAGCAGCACACAACGAGCUGCCAGUGCUGAGAACCAGCAGCUGGAGGAGAACAACCGUGCAUUGGAGGAGCAGCUGCAGCACAUCCAUGCACAGCUGCAGCAGACACAUGAGUGCCUGAGGGCUGCCAUGGCUCAGCAAAGGGCUGAGGAAGCGCGGGAUGGAGUGGAGGCAGAGCUGCUCGGUGAGACACUGCCAUCCCCGCAGAUGAGUCCAGAGCAGCCCUGCUUGGAGAUGCAGGUCGGGUUGGGUUCCCAGGGCAGCGAGCCCAAGCGCAGGAGCACCCACCAUGUGGUUUGGGAAAAGCCCCCAUCAGACACAAACCCAUCACGGCUGCUCUCUGUAGAAGAGGAUCCCUUCCCUGAAUUCCUGAAAGAGGAACGUUUUUCUGGCCAAGGCUCUUUGCUAAGAGAGAUGAACGAUGCAAUAGCGGCUCUGAGCACGCAGAAGCUGCAAGCACUGGGAGCUGCUGGGAGCUGCACACACGAUGAUGCUGAGCCCCAAACAGAACCAUCUGGUUCGGCCCCACGAGGGACCCACAUCAGUCACAAGGCGUUGGAAGAAGACCUGAGAGAGGGACGAGAUGCAGCUGAGCUUCGUGCUGGGGACGGGACACAGGCUGGUGCGUCUGCAGGAGCUCAAGAGAAGGGGGCAGCCCAGGGAGACAAAGUGGAGAGAGCAAAGCAGAGCAUGCAGCAGAUGGAAAGGGUGUUGUCUGUGCAGGGAAGGGAGCAGCAGGUGUUUAAAGAGGUUGAGAGCCCACAAGAGGCACUGGGAGAGAGCACGGAGAUGGGUGAGCAGCCUGGGAUGGGGGUGGAGGGAGAAGGAUGGGUGCAGGGAAAGAUGGAGUGGGAAAAGGUGCAGCUUCAAGGAGAACAUUUGGAGGCAGCCCUCAAAGCUCGGGAGGUGGAGCUCCCAAUGGGCAGCUUUAGCACCAAUGUGCUCUGGAUGCCAAGAGAACAGCUGGAACCAGAGGUGCCAAAAUGGGUUGAGGUGCAAAUGGCAGCAGUGCAGGGGGUGACAGAAGCUCCCAACCCCAGUAAAGUGGAUGGAGAGGGUAGUGGUGCAGUAGAGCACUGCUGGGGAGAGACUGAGGGGACUGAGCUGCAGCCCAUGAGUGCGGCUGGUGACCUGGGUGCAGAGCAGGUGGAGAAUAUGGGUCCAGAUGUGCAACUGCUGGAGGCUGAUAGAGCAGAGCCAGGGCUGGAGGGAGGAGCUGGGGCUGCUGCAGUGCUUGGUGCAAGGAGCCCAGCUGGUGGGAUGGUACCGGUCAGUGCUCAGGCAGAGGAAAAGGAGGAGCCAGAGGAGCAACUGUUGGGUGAGGUUGUUAAACCAGAGUUAGUAGAAAUGGAGGGGGAAGAGGAUUCUCAGGUGGACACGCAGCUGCAGUGGGGUCCCAGUCAAGAAGUCCCAUUGGGAGGGGGAGGCCAUACAAGUGUGCAGCUCACACAAGAGGUUGAGCAUGAGGGACAAGAUGUACAGCACCUGAAAGAAGAAAAGGGGAUGGAAAUGAUGGAGGAGGAGGGCAAUGAUAAGGAUGAGAUGGUCCUGGCCAGUGCUCAGGUAGAGGAAAUGAAGGAGGCAGAGGACGCUCCAGCAGAGAACCUGCUGCAUGGAAGUCCCAGCACAGAAGCCCUGAGGGAUGGAUUGGAUGACGCAGCCAUUGCUCUUGGGGAGGAUAUUGAGGAUGGGGGACAAGAACUGACUGAGCCUGGGCUGCCCAUGUGUGACCUGCAGGGAGCAGGAGUUGGGCAGGCAGAGGGGGCUGCUGUAGAGCUGCCACCCCAAGGGGAGGCUGGAAGCCUGGAGCUGCUGGAGGCCCUGAGUAGUGGUGCCCAUGUGCAGCUGCUUGCAGAGCUGGGGGAGAUUAUUGAGAGCCUGAAGCCCCUGUACCCAGAUCACCAGCCACACUCAGAGCAGGCAGAGAGCUUGGAGCCAGAGGUGCAACUGGUGGUUGAGAUUGGUAAACCAGAGUUAGUAGAAAUGGAAGGGGAAGGGGGUUCUCUGGUGGACACACAGCUACAGUGGGGUCCCAGUCAAGAAGCCCCAUUGGGAGGGGGAGGCCAUACAAGUGUGCAGCUCACACAAGAGGUUGAGCAUCAGGGACAGCACCUAAAAGAAGAGAGAGGAAUGGAAGUGAUGGAGGAAGAGGGCAAUAAGGAUGAGAUGGUCCUGGUCAGUGCUCAGGCAGAGGAAACGAAGGAGGCAGAGGACUCUCCAGCAGAGAACCUGCUGCAUGGGAGUCCCAGCACAGAAGCCCUGAGGGAUGGAUUGGAUGACACAGCCAUUGCUCUUGGGGAGGAUAUUGAGGAUGGGGGACAAGAACUGACUGAGCCUGGGCUGCCCAUGUGUGACCUGCAGGGAGCAGGAGUUGGGCAGGCAGAGGGGGCUGCUGUAGAGCUGCCACCCCAAGGGGAGGCUGGAAGCCUGGAGCUGCUGGAGGCCCUGAGUGGUGGUGCCCAUGUGCAGCUGCUUGCAGAGCUGGGGGAGGUUAAUAAGAGCUUGGAGGCAGAGCUGCAGCCCAUGAGUGUGGCUGGUGACCUGGGUACAGAGCAGGCAGACAACGUGGGGCCAGAUGUGCAAUUGGCAGAGGAAGUUGAUAGAGCAGAUCCAGAGCUGGAGGAGGGAGCUGCUGCAGUGCUCGGUGAGGGGCUUUCCCCAGCAGAAAUCCCUGCUGGGAGUCCAGCUCCUUUUGGGUUGGUACUGGAUAGUGAUCGUGAGCUGGAAGGGAAGGAAGCAGAGUCCCUUGUGCAGCUGGAGGAGCUCAUGUUAUCCCAUGGAGAGAGAGCUGGAGCUGAAACCCAGAGAGUGAGCCCUGAUGCAGAGGGGAGGCCUCUGGAUGGAGCUCGAGGUCUGGAUGUGGUGCAGGGAGUGAAGCUAGAGGCAGAAGCAAGGAUUUCAGUUGAAGUUCAGCAUUUGGAUCUAAAGCAGGGCCGUGAUGCCAAUGCAGCCACACUUGCUUCUCCCAUCUCCGAGGUACCGUUACAAAUCAGCACGUUAAAUCAGGAUGUGAUGAUGCAGGAGGGUGUUCUCAUUCCAGAUGUGCAGCGGAUAGGUGGUUCGGGACAGGCAGCCCAGAGGCAGCUCCAGGAGCAGGUCUCAGCACAGGCAGAUAAGGGGAGGCUUCACGCUGCUCCCCAGCAGCCACAGAAGCCACCAGGUGUGAUGGAAGCAGAACAAGCAGCUGCUGGACCUGCUGAGACUCUGAAACAAGAAGUGCUGCCAACGUCAGCCCUGCACAUGGGGAUCCAACAGGGGGAAAAUGCUACAAAGGAUGUCUCAGGGGUGGCCCUGGGGGACAGCCCGCUGGUCAGUAGCAGGGUGCAGCUCUUAGAAGAGCAGAAAGAAGAGCUCGAUGUGGGGAAGAAACAAGAGAUGGAGCAGAAAAUGAGCCUGGGAGGUGAGCCCAGCCCUGGAGAGCCAGAGGCUGCAACUAUGAAUGGAGCAGGAGCUGCCCCAAAGGGUUCCCUGGAGCCGGACCACCUCUACAACGUGCUGUUUGUUGGGGACUCCCACGUGGGCAAAACAUCCUUUCUGUACCGACUGCAUGCUGACACCUUCAACCCACACCUCGCUGCCACAGUAGGGAUGGAUUAUCAGGUCAAGAACCUCAUGGUGGACAACAAACGCUUUGCUCUCCGCCUGUGGGACUCAGCUGGGCAGGAAAGGUAUCGCAGCAUCACCAAGCAGUUCUUCCGCAAGGCGGAUGGAGUGGUGCUGAUGUACGACAUCACCUCGCAAUAUUCCUUUGCUGAUGUGCACUACUGGCUCAGCUGCAUCCAGGAAGGAGCAGAAGAUGGAGUCACGGUUCUGCUUCUGGGGAACAAAACAGACUGUGCUGCAGAGAGGCAGGUCCCUACACAGGAGGGGGAGCGCCUGGCUCAGGAGCACCAGCUCUUGUUUUAUGAAUGCAGUGCUGCCUCUGGCCACAACGUCACCGAGUCCAUCGUCAGCCUGGUCAGGGCACUCAAGGUUUCUGAAGAUCGAUUGAGAAAUAAGGCAGAGGAGGUACCAAAGCCACCUCAGAAGAAAAAGGGAUGCUGCUGGUGAUGGAGAGAGUCCUUGCUGUGCUCUGAAA